AGGGGAAAAAAGGGGGUGUUUGAUUCCGUUCUGUUGUUGGGAGGAGUUGAGCUGCUCCCGCUAUUUGCUCUCUGCUUGUUGGUCAAUUGCGCGCGUCCAGACAGAGUAGACAGGCCAUUGGACCUGUCGGACAGCUUGAACCUGCCAUGGUGACGACCCCCCAGCCCUGGAUGGCCCAGUUCUCCCGGUAUAUCAAUUCCGCACCCGGCAUAGAAAACACCCUACGGCUCUUGCAGUUCUCCUGUGUCAUCCUCGAGUCGUUUUCCGGGGCCUCUCCUUCGCCUUGGUCCAGGGCAGGUGGCCAGUUUGCACUGAGUAUGUACCGACAUGUGCAUAAAUUCAACAUGGGUGCACUCGGUGGGAGAGCAAUUCACUUUCUGUUUUAACCAUGGGUCUAGGUCGCCGCUAUUUUCGGUUUUUCAAGUUUAUCGAUUACUUUGAGAAUGCAUGGGCAGCAUAUACCUUGAAUGACAGUGCCCCGGCUCACCGGCGAGGAUCAAUUGCAUCAACCCUCGAUUUCAGCAAAUGGAGUCUUCUCGGUGUUUACCUGUUGCUGGAAGGCGUAACAAUCUUUGAUGCGCUGGGCGUUCAAAGAACGUCAUGGGGUGAUAGAGCUUUGCUUGAGAGCAACAAGUUCUGGCUAUAUGCCCUGGUCUUCUCACUCCUGAGCACCCUGUGGCAGCUGACCCAGCUACGCCAGACUCCAAAAACUUCAUCAGCAAUCCAGAAGAAGGAAAAAGAUCCCAAUGCAAAGAAUAAUGCAGAUGGCUUAGAAAAGGCACCAUCCGUCGAAAAGCAGACAGUCAGCAGCACUGAGUUUAUCAUCAUCUACCAAGACUUGAUCAAGGACCUUAUUAUUACUGUCUGUGACAUCUGCAUUCCUGGACACGUUCUUGGUUGGAUUCCAGUAUCUGCCUCAGCGAUGGGCAGCGCCGCAGUGCUGAGUACGCUACUUGUUGGGCGAGAUCGUUGGGUCCAAGUCCGGGGUGUUGCCGGUAAUUAACUUGCAGCCUGGCCUAAGGACUUUUGAUGGUUUGAAGGCCAUAGAUGGAAGAUACGUACAUUAAUGGCAACUAAACUGGGAAUUCAUUAUAUCCGGCAGUAAUUAUACACUUCAAGUUGAUUACGAAGAACUGUAAUCAUCGCUCUGUCUAAGUUACGUCUCCUGUGGUACAAAGGAUUUCCGUACCUGGCCACCUAGCUAAUACAGGUACUCAAUAGUUUAGCUAGGUCCCGUAGUUUUGACUCCUACACAGUAUGCAUAUCCAGCCCAAAGGUUCUCCGUACAAUCUGACUUGACCGUGGGGUUCCAAGCUAGGAACUGUUCUAAGGUAAUGCCGAAUUUCUUCGGGAUCACAGUACAACUCUCGCCGUUGGUGACAGUGUGCCACUUAUGCAAGCCGACGGUUGGCCUGUCAUCGUCGGAGCGCCAGGAGAUGGUUUAGAGGAUGUCAUGGGCGUCGUGGGCGUAGCAGAGGUCGAAGAUGGGCCAUCAGGUGUUGUUGUAGGCGUGGUUGGCGUGGGCUCCUCUUCAUCUGAAUCGUCACCUAAUGCGUAGUACCGACCGCAAUACCGGAAGCCUGGUUGGAAAGAACAUUCUGGCCGAUUAAUAUUACCCAGCCUUGCAUUCUAGCUCUCGAAAGACUCGGGAUCCACUCUAUAAACCUGCGGAGGAAUUUGGCAGUUACUGUUCCAAUAGGUAUUUGUGACAUUUUACUGAAACUCAGCGCCAUCAAAAUAGUAGUUGCAGUCAUCCCGAGUGCCCUCAGCAAUAGGUGGGCCUGGGGGUGGUCUAGGGUACGGCUUUUCAGUCGCAUCAGGUCGAUCUUCAAAUCGAAUCCCAGUGGUCGUUGGCUCAGAUCCAGUUGGGGUAGACACAUAUCCGGGCUUCCCAGAAUAUGUAUUAACUGCAAUCAAGCAUGGUUGGUUCAACUAGUCGGUAAAAAAAUCCCAAGGCAUCAAGAAAACAUACUAUCCCCGACUGGUAGAACACAAUAGCUCUCCUCGGCGUACAGAUUAGUGCAGUUGCUAUUCAGUGCUGGAUUCAGGAAAAUGAAGUUAUCCAUGGUGAUGCCAAACUUCAGCACAAUAAGAUUACAAUAGACACCAUACUAACGGCCACAAUAAUGGUUUGAACCUGAAGCAGCGUCACUAGGGACCGGCACUGGCGUGACCCAGUUGUGCAGCGAAGUUUCCUUUGAACCCCCGAGUACUUAAGUUCUCUCAGCUUAAAUUUCCUUCUACCCGACAAACAAUCCCAUAAACAUCAAAAUGUUAACAAAACUAGGUACCUCCUGAGCUUAUCUCGGGUGUUCUCUUUAGGGUUGAGGAUCGUCUUGAUCUUAAAUACUUGUCUGAAGUGUCCAAACGCCUCAACGAGCUCACAAUCCCGCUGAAAGCUUUAGAAUAUGAGAGCACCACUGGGCUCACUAGUGCGGAGCUGGAAGACAAGAAAAGGUGGAUUGACCCAGAACCCGAAGCACGGUUUUCCAAAGUCGUUCGUUACAUGGAACUCAGACGGAGAGUCCUGUCCAUUCUAAUCAGAUGCCAGGAGGGUAAACUGAGGAGCUUUAGGUGAACUAUUAGUCACUAUUACUCCUGAAUAAUAUUUUUUGCUUGAUACUAACAUGGCGUACCAGAUGGGAUCGUCGCAACAUAAUUCCACUUGAAAUACUAGGUGAUGGUGGGUACCUGCCCACGAGACAAUUAUCACUAGAGACCCUGGUUAUUCGUUCCCAUGGAGCAUAUGGAUGCCACAUCUAUGAUACCCAUUCAUUUAAAAGCGCCUAAUUUCUCGGAUGCCCCUGUUUGCGAAAAAAAAAAAGUACUCGGAUGCCCUUGUUUUAUUUUGUAACUUUUAGAGAUACACACACCAUGUUUUCUAUGUGUAUCCCCUAGCCACAGAGCCACAUAUAAAGUUGCUAGAAUGCCCUCCUUUCCUAACUACAGAGUAUAUAUCUUAAGUAUAACUAGUAGAAGACAUAGUCUCCCUAACCUCCCUAACCCCCUAAUAUCCUAAGUUAAGUCCUUAUUUUAAGCUAGAUAUUAGGGGACUUAGGAGGUUAGGGAGGUUAGGGAGACUGUGUCUUCUGCUAGUUAUACUUAAGAUAUAUACUCUGUAGUUAGGAAAGGAGGACAUUCUAGCAACUCUACGUGUGGCUCUAUGCCUUGGGAUAUAUAUAUAAAACAGUAUAUAUUACCCAAAUACACGAGCUUUCCUCUAUAUAGUUAGGUAGUGUGGAGCAGGGGCAUCCAAGCACUUUUUUUUGCA